AUGGCGGGCGGCGGGAGUGUUCAUGCCGUCAUUGCGCUGGUUGCGCUGCUCCUCAUCCUCGCCAUCGCCGCUGGUGCGCCUCUGCUACCUGCUCCCAUUCUCACAUACCCCCGAGCAGCCACUGGCGCGGCACCCAAUACCCUGGGCACGCGGGUGAGCAUCAACGGCCGCGCCAUCACCUUCAACUCGCUGCGCUGCGUCGACAUUCCGGCCAAGAGCUCCCGUCGCGGCGGCAGCAAGAAGGUGCAGGUGGCGUGGACGCCGGCAGGCGCACCUGCUGCGUGUAGCGAGAUUCGGUUGUUUUCCAAGCCCGGGUGCAAGGGAACGCCCGUGGACUCUCUGCUGCACGGCAGGCAGCGGGCGAGGAAGAUUGCCAAGCCGCUGAAGUCCGUGCGCUGCAUCAUUG